AUGCGUCUGGACAUUACUCUUCUCUACGCCCUGGCGGCCUCCCCACUUGCAACCGCAGCCAAAUGGAACAGCAAGGCUGCUUCAGCCGGAUAUCAAUAUGGCGCCGUCGCCUGUGCGGCAGGAGCCCUUGUUUGCAAUGCUAAUGGCAUCAAAAUUGGAGCCUGGGCACUCGGAACUGUUGGAUUCUGCUGCAGUACCGCCACGGCGACCGUCACUGCUUCUGAGUCCAAGGGGUUCCAAGCAGCCUGGAAGAAAGGGGCCGAGAAACUCGGCGCCGCCGCGCAAGUGACCAAAGAUGGAGCUUCGAAAGUGGGAAAUUUCGUUACAGAAUGCGCCAAUGGUGUGUGCAAAAUGGUCACCAAAAAGAAGAAGGGGCCCGUCCUUCCGAGAAGCCCAAGGAACAGACGCGGACUGAAGAGGUACCCGACAAGGUCGACCAACGAACGCCGAGCGGCAAGAAUGGCAAGGCGAAGAGUGGCAUACGAGUAG